ACCCUUUAUUGGCCGCAGCCCCGCGUGCUUGCGGUGUGGCUGCUGUUCGCCAUCGCCAUCGUGUGCGACGAGACGACCGUGGUGGCGCGCGCGUGUCUCUACGCGCUCCGGCGGUUCGCGCUGCGAAUGCAGCCGCUCUUUCUGAGCCUGCAGCUGGUGGUGCUUCUGCUGAGCCUGUUCCUGCCCAGCUCGUUCAUCGUCGUCCUCGGCACCGUCUUCAUCGAGCGCUUCGUCGCCGUCGUGCAGCGCGAGAUCAUUGCGUUCGACCAGAAGAGCGGCCCACGCGCACCCACCAACAGCUCAACGCAGAACUUCGUCGAGGACAUCCGGCGUCAGCGCUGGCAGCGUCGAAUGGCCACCGGCGGUAGCUCCAGGAAAGCUCGCAGGGUGUCUCUCGUCACUGAAACGGACAUGGCCAGCGACGCGUCGCGCGGCAGCUCGCUGGUGCACCAGUACAACAUGCACCCCGAGCGGCUCGAAGAACGAGCAUUCGACGCGCCGAAAAAGGCUAAAAGAAAGCUGCGGCGGAAGACUUCAUUCAGCUCGCCAGAGGUUACCUCCAACGGCGCAGUGUGGGCCUGCAGGCUUCCGACUCGCACCAUACGAUCUUUCGCGUCUCAGAAGGUGCAGCCAUCGUCAAUCCUCAAAGGGAGCAGCUCGAAGGGCAAAGAGCAGGAGUCCGGCACACAUUCACCGUGUAGAACCGCUACCGCGACGAAGACCACUAAACCCGAAACGACGACUCCAAAGAGCCGACAGCAGCCGGGUUCGCGAGUGGACGUUGUCCGUACUGUCGAGUCGGACGACGACGGGGGGUCGUCAAGAACGCCGUCACGUGAAUCAUCGAGCAAAUCGAUGGACGAACCGGCAAAGAGGGCGUUGGUCAAGCUCGUCGACAAACCGGGAGUCGAACCCUCUGUGAUCCAGCAAACGACGAGUGGUCCUGCAGACGACAAGCCGCGAGGUAGCGGCCGUCUCGUCGAACCUGCGCCUGCCGAGGACGUCGCCCCUCCUUCGCCCGGCGAGGAGUUGUCAGGACUGCAACAGCUGCAUCAGACGCCGAGCGCGCUCACGCCGUCGACGACAAUGUUAUCGCCAUCGACGUCCCCGUUUUCGGUGUCCUCUCACAGCUCGGCGUCGUCGACACCGCAAGUCACCGUCCUCGAAGUGUGGAAUACGGCGCCCGUCGGGGCGUGCGGCGAGGAUAAGGUAGAGAGUUACGCGACUUGGGCGUCGCACGUGAUGAGCGGUCCGGGCUCGCGGUUGCUGCUUCCCGGCGAUGAAGAGGCGGCGGCCGCCUCGUCGUCGCUCGGCAGGUCGACUGAGUCGACGACCAUGAAGACCGCUGUCGAGGACGAGCCGCAACCGUCAAAGUCGACCUCUGUCGCACCCGAGAACGGCAGGAGUGUCGUCAAGCGGGACACUGCCCUCGGCUUCCACAGCCAGAAAGAGACGGAGCAGUCCGGAUGGAAGCUGCUGCAGUUGAUUCAUGGUCUCCACACGCAAACGGCGAGCGAAUUCUGUCAGCUGCAGAAGAAUGCCGCCUCACCUCCGGACUCCAGCGCCGAGCGCCUCUUCGAGGUUCGCGGCCUCUUCAAGUCGGCGCGUAGCAGCGUGUCGGCGCAGUCGAGCCCGCAAAGGCAGCAAGAGAGCCCGGCCAGCCGCCGCGUGUCGCUGACCUUGAUGGACAACGACACCGAGAUGGCGGCGACCAUGAACGGAGUCGUCACGACGCGCAGGUGCGUCAUGUACGACUCGGCACGGCGCAGGACGGCGGCGGCCGGACGCAACGAGAACGGCACCAGCGCACGUCGCAUCAUCGCUUCGCAGCCCUACCUGGGCGGAGAGGCGGCUUCAAGCUACCGUGAGGAACUCGCACAUACCGUUUAAGCGUCCACU